AUGUCCGCUUCGCCUCCCCCGACGUUCCAAGCCGCCCUCCUGGCCGGCGCCCUCGCCGGCACCACCGUCGACCUCUCCCUCUUCCCCCUCGACACGCUCAAGACGCGCCUCCAGUCGUCGGCGGGCUUCUUCCCCUCGGGCGGCUUCUCCGGCAUCUACCGCGGCAUCGGCUCGGCCGUCGUGGGGUCCGCCCCCGGCGCCGCCGUCUUCUUCUCCACCUACGAGGCCGUCAAGGCGCUGCUGUCGCCGCGCGUGCCCGACGCCGUCGCCAACAUGGCGGCCGCCAGCGCCGGCGAGGUGGCCGCCUGCGCGGUCCGCGUGCCCACCGAGGUGGUCAAGCAGCGCGCCCAGGCGGGCCUGCACGGCGGCAGGUCCGCCGCCGCCCUGCGCGCCAUCCUCGCCCUGCGCCGCGCCGGCGGCCUGCGCGCCGUGCGGAGCGAGCUCUACCGCGGCUGGGGCAUCACCGUCUUCCGCGAGGUGCCCUUUACCGUCGUGCAGUUCCCGCUGUGGGAGGCCCUCAAGGCCUGGGGGGCGCGCCGCCGCGGCGCCGACCGCGACCGCGACCGCGAGCGAGAGCGCGAGCACGCCGACGUGUCGGGCCUGCAGAGCGCCCUGUUCGGCAGCGUCGCCGGCGCCGCUGCCGCCGCCGCCACCACGCCCCUCGACGUGCUUAAGACGCGCGUCAUGCUCUCCCCGGUGAGGGUGUCCGUCGCCGACGUCGCCGCCAGGAUGCUCAGGGACGAGGGCGUCAGGCCCUUCUUCGCCGGCCUGGUGCCCCGGGUGACGUGGAUAUCUGUCGGCGGCGCCGUUUUCCUGGGGAGCUAUCAGUGGGCCAUCAACACAGCGAGGAGCAUUGCAUAA